GCUAACCACAAGAAAUGUUAUUUCCCGCUUUCUGACUGUAUUUCUGAGGCGCUUGGCUUGCAUGGGAUCCACAGCGUCUCGCCGUAAGCAAGUUCACCAAUCCACAUUCCUGGAUCUCAGGGAAUUGCGAGGGGCAACGUUCAGGGCUGUUCUUAAAACACGUUUCGAAAUCUCGACAAGACCUCACUGUAAGAGGCACGUUUUACAGCCAGGAGAUGGCAACGCAAUCCUUCCAUCGACAAGGUAAAGAAGACAGACCACAACAACGGGAUGACGGUUGUGAAGCUACGCAGAGGCCUGAGCCUCGGGCAUCCUCCCUGCACCUUGGAGCAGGUGUGUUAGCAACAGGACUCCUCAUAGCUGUGGUUGCUGGGUGCUACUCCCUGGUUUCACUCAGGAGGACGGAGAGGGUGAAGAUGGAGCAGGUGGACCUGUGGGAGAAUGGGCUCACCAUCCAAAGCCAGCAUGGAGAGGUGGUCUUCAGACUCGCAUUUCAGUCAGGUGUCCUCGACCUGGAGUCGUGCUCGAAGGAGGGAGACGUUUUGACCUGCUCCGAGUCGGACAAAGGGAAACUUCGCUUCUCGAUCCAGAUCGUCAGAACCGAGGAUGUGGUGAUGUGCUACGACAUCCGGUGGGGAGAGUUGGUGGCCGACACCGUGGUGGAACACAGAAUGUUCUGGGGGGACGCCCACUGGUACGGGGGCUGUGAGAUGAGCGUGCAGCACUGGCCAAUCCGGCUCCCCGGAUACCAAGAACCUAUGCCGUUCGUGACCAGCGAUGUGCAUUCUUUCAGGAACAGCUUUGGUGGAAUCUUGGAGCGAUACUGGAUCUCCUCCAAAGCGGCAGCCAUCAAGAUUAAUGACUCGGUGCCGUUUCACCUGGGGUUCAAUGCUUCGGAAAGGUCUCUCUUCUUCCAGGCCAGGUAUAAGGAUUCCCCCUACAAGCCUCUCCUGGGACAGGAGCCCUUCCCAGAACUGAGUUAUCGUGUCUGUGUCGGUUCAGACAUUACAUCUGUCCACAAACACAUGGUUCAGAAGCAUUUCAGAAAACCUUUGAAGGUACCUUCAGCAAAUAUCUUCAGGUUUCCAAUCUGGUCCACGUGGGCUUUGUACAAAAAAGAGAUCGACCAGGGAAAACUUCUGGAAUUCGCCCAGACAGUUCGAAAGUAUGGUUUUAAAUCUAGCCUCGUUGAAAUAGACGACAUGUACAUGCAGAAUUAUGGUGACUUUGACUUUGAUCCAGUCAAGUUCCCUGAUGUGUUGGGAAUGUUUGAAAAGCUCAGGAGAGGUGGAUUUAACAUCACUUUGUGGAUACAGCCCUUCAUACACGUAAAUUCUCCAAACUUUGAGGUGGGCAAAGAGAGGCAGCUUUUUGUGAUGGAGCCAGCGGGACACGAUCCUGCCAUGGUCACAUGGUGGAAUGGCAACGGCGCCAUCUUGGAUUUCACUAACCCUUCUGCCAGGGAAUGGUUUCAGGGCCAGCUGAGGCAGCUCUGCUCGAAGUACGGCAUAGUGUCCUUCAAAUUUGAUGCCGGGGAGACAUGCUACCUCCCUGAUGACUUUCGCACCUUCCAACCCUUGCCGGACCCCAGCGUCUGGUCCAGACAUUAUGCGGAAAUGGCCAUUCCUUUCUAUGAGUUCGCUGAAGUCCGUGUUGGUUACCAGUCCCAGCACGUCCCUUGUUUGGUCCGUAUCAUUGACCGGGAUUCAGUUUGGGGUCACGAGCUUGGACUCAAGUCCUUGAUUCCUGCCGUGUUGACCCUUGGCCUUCUGGGAUACCCUUUCGUACUGCCAGAUAUGAUUGGUGGGAACUUCCUUCCCAACAAGACAGAAGGUGCUGGAGACCUCCCAGACCGCGACCUUUACAUCCGCUGGCUGGAGCUGUCCGUCUUCUUGCCUUCCAUGCAGUUCUCCAUCCCACCUUGGCUUUAUGACAGGGAAGUCGUUGAGAUUGCGCACAAAUUUACGGAGCUCCGUGAAUCCCUGGUGGCCCCUCUCUUGCUGGAGCUGGCCGAGGCGGUUGCCGCCACGGGGGACCCUCUGAUAAGGCCCGUCUGGUGGGCUUCUUCUGGUGACGAGUUUGCCCACCAAAUCGAUUCCCAGUUCCUCAUUGGGGAUGCGUUCAUGGUGGCUCCCGUCUUGGAGCCGGGCAUGGUAAAGAGAGACAUCUACCUCCCAGCAGGUAAAUGGAAGAGUUGCAAAGGAGAAAUCUUCACAAGGACGCCCGUCCUGCUUACGGACUACCCGGUCAACUUGGAUGAAGCUGCUUAUUUCUCCUUGGUUUCUUAAGCUGCCUCGGGGCCAGGUAAAGGAUUCGGCGACCUCCCCUGAAAACCUUCAGGAGGCUUUGACUUAAUCUGGUUAUCUUAAGUUGAGCGAUUCUUUCGGCACCCAGCAAUUUUUGUGCGGUAAUGAACGCUGGUUACGGUCCUCCUCUGGCUUUGAGCUCUGCAGGAUCCACGCAGCUCACCGCCGUUUUUUAAAAAAUCUCGCUCUUCCAUGAAAGGGAAAGUUCCUUAUCUCCGCCUUGCAGAUGGCAGCCUCAGAAUCAGGUUAAUUAGUUGACAGCCAAGCACAGAGAGAGGCGAAGUUCCAAUGUCAGGGAGCUGCCAGCGUUUUUUACAGGAAUGUUUUGGAGUGAUUCUCCAUGGGAGAAACAACAAAAUUAUAAAUGAAAAUGGAUAUGGAUUUUACAAGAACAGUCUUGUUACCCAAAGAGGGAGUCUCCGAUUCAACUGGGGGAAAUUAAGGGAGACUUUUAUGGAGACAGAGCGAGAGGAGGGUAACCAGGAUCACCACCAAGAUUUAUGGGGAUUUUCCCCUUAGAGAACUCUCAAGAUAAAACCAGGCAGAUGUUC